AUGUCUAUACAAAUUUGUUAUGAAUUAUGUUUUAGGCUUCACUUAAAAAAAAGAAUGAGAACUGAACUUAGUUCAACAAGUUCUGAGAUUGAUAAUAAUCUUAGCCAAUAUGCCAGAGAUAUAUUUGGAUCUUAUGAUACAGUUGGUGAUGAUAAAAUAUAUGUUGAACAGUUAGGUGAAGUUCUUCGUGUCUUAGACGUCUAUCCAACUGAGGCUGACAUUAAAAAAUACCAAUCUUAUUUUGAUGGUCCAGAAAAAAGAAUAACUUUUGAAGAGUUUAUUUCAUGCUUUAAGGAUGCUCGUAAAAAUAUGAAACAUGUUUCAAUGGAAGAAAUUAUUGAAGGAUUGUCACAUUUUGAUAAAGAAGAUAAUGGUAUGAUAAAUGUUGCUGAACUUCGUCAUAUACUAACAACUCUUGGUGAACGUCUAAAAGAAUCUGAUGUUGAUAAGUUAAUUGAAGGACAUGCUGAUCCUGAAGGUAAUAUUUAUAUUGCACAAUUUGUUAAAGAAAUUAUGGAAACAGAUUUAAAAAUGUAA